CAGAAACCAGACAGGUGUUCUUGUUCGUCUAGUUUCUGUGUUUCUCUAGUAGACGUAAACAAGGACGCGAGACACACGUACACUUAAGAUGGCUACCCCCCAGGUUCUGCCCAGAAAACACUCUUUAAUUAAAGUUUUCCCUCCACAGAGCCCCAACAGAAAAGGUACCCUCGUCGUAUCUGCUAAGCGUGAUGUGGAGCUACUGAAUCACUGCUUUGCUGAUGUCGAACAACUGAUGGCUCAGCUACAGCGUGCAGCUGAAGCUCAGAAUGAACAGAAGAAAAAGAAAAGCAAGAAGAAGAAGAAGGAGUAUGACCUGAUGAUAGACAGAGAAAGUCCCCCAUCAGAGCCAGCGUUUGUGGACAUCUAUCAGAAGAUGAAAUACUCCCUUAUCCUGCUGGACCGACUAAAAAUGGCAAUAGAGCCGAGCUCAGAGGAGCUUCUGCAUCACCUGUUUGUUCCUCUGGGGCUGAUGGUAAAAGCCACAGGUGGUCCUGCACUGGGGGCAGGCGUGUCCAGUCCUGCUCUGAGCAGCGGUGCCGUCUCUCUCCUGCAGCAGAACCUCACACGUGCGGAGAAGGAGCUGUGGAGUUCCCUUGGGCCCAACUGGACAGAGCCACAGUCUGAACCACCGUCCCAUGAUAGUAAAGCAGUACCACUGUACAAACCAGUGUUUCUGGAUGGCUGGGAACCAGAGGCCUGUGACACACAUGAUCAGUCGAUACAGGACACACCUGGUUUUCCCACCCAACAGAUGGAUGAACAUGAGGACAGUGCUUCAUCAGUAAUUACAGGACAGUUGUAUUGCUGCAGUUAUGACUUUGUGGCACGAAACAGUAGUGAGCUGUCAGUUCUCCACGGUGAAACUCUACAGGUGAUAGACUCAUCUAAGCGGUGGUGGAAAUGUAGGAACACGUAUGAUGAGAUUGGGUUUGUUCCAUCUAACAUCCUGGAGCCUAUCGACCACAAAGAAACAGACUCGAGUAUAGAAAUGUACAAACUGUCCAAGAAGGCCCCUCUGUCUCCCCCGGGAGGUGGGCGGUUCUCUUACGCAGAAGCCAGUUCCUCUGGGGAAAACCACACAAAGCCCCGCCCUGUUAGCAUGCCACCAAUGGGAAAUGAUGGAGGGAGAGUAAUGCUCAUGAAUAAUGAGCUUGCGCAGAGGCUGGCCAAUGGGAGGCCAGGAUCCGUACGACCUCUAGUUAUCAACAGGGCCAGUGAGACCUCCGCCCCCCUCAACUACCAUUCUCCCCCCGCUGAAGUGCAGGACUGGCUCAGAGGCAAGGGAUUUAGUGAUGUCACGGUGAACAAUUUGGGCAUUCUUAGCGGAGCUCAGCUCUUCUCUUUGAAUAAGGAGGAGCUUUGUACGGUUUCUCCUCUAGAGGGCGCCAGAGUUUACAGCCAGAUCAUGGUUCAAAAGGCAACCCUUGAGAAAGUCAGAAAAUCAUCGGAGCUGGAGAAUGUGAUGAAGAAGCAGAAAAUGAAAGUGGAUCUGAAGGUGGAUUCGGGGGAGUUUUAAAACCACACAGAGAGAGAGAGAAAGCGAAACGCACGUGUGCAUAAAUGCAUAGCUUGAGCUAAAAUGUAUGGUCUUUUAUUAUUUCGGUACUACAUUUUCAUACUUGGCCGUGAUAGUCACAUCUUUUCCCUGAAUAUAUUGAUAAAUAAAAAGCGCUCAGUGGUUACAAUAGCUUCCUUUUGAUGCUGCUGUAUGCAAUAAAGUUAUUGUUAUGUUAAA